AGCUAGCUCAGUAGGGUGAUUGCGUAGGUGCAACAGUGUGGGGUUGCAGGGUGAUAGCAAUAUCCCGUCCUAUAGUCACCUUCCCACAUGUGUAGGCGAGUGUAUAUCAGGACUAGAGAUCGCUUCAAGUGCUUGUGUUGUGACGCAGUUAUAAACUAGUAUAGUAGACUUUAAUUUUAACACCCAAUUCUCAUGAACCUUUCAAGAGAGCUGAAAUAACUACACAAGGAUAUUAUUGGUGCUCAUUUGAGAAAGUUACUUAGAAAAAUCAGUGAUCUACAUGUACUCGAUGUUAUGGUUAAAUAAAUGAAAUGGAGCCCAGUGUGAAUAAUUUACAAUGGGAUUUAUCAAAGACUGGAGACGUGACCGCUUCGCUGAGUGACUUCGACGACGAUGACUUUUGGGACGACGAAGAGAGUUUUGAAGUGUCUGGUGAAGCCAGGGCGCUUACCUCAGAGGAACUUGCACAACCACUGCACCGUGUAGAACACCUACCAUGCUACGACCUGAGGGUGGCGGAGCUGGUGACGACGGAGCGGGAGUACAUCACUGACCUAGAGACCCUCCUCCAGGUGGUCUCUCGUUUCUCCAGCAGCAAGCAUAUUGACCUAGAUACUCUCCUCGGUAACAUUCAUCAGGUGCUGGACGUGGCCAGGAAUCUUUUGAAGGUUUUGGAAGGCGAUCAAGAGAGCUGUGACGAUGAUGUUCCGGUGGGGAGCGCGUUUCUGCAGUUUGCGACAGAGCUAAGUCAGGUGUACAAAAUUUACUGCUCUGGCUAUAGCGUCGAAGUGCUCCCUCUGCUGAAGAAGUACGAGGAGUCUGAGGAGGCCAAGGAAGAGCUGGCGAGGCUGGCCCAGGAACUGCAGUGUAGGCGGCCUCACCUCCUCACUCUCGACACCGUCCUUAUCAAACCUGUCCAGCGCAUUCUCAAGUACCGACUGUAUGUGUCGAAACUUCUGGACAAUACAGCCAGCACCGACCCUGACUACCACGACCUGCAGAAGGCCAGCGCCUGUCUUCAAGCUGCCGCCAGGGAUGUCAAUGAAUAUACCCGAGGCCUCGACCUUGUGUACAAGUACAGGGAGGAUGUGGACCACUCCCUCAGCGGCAAGAUGAGACGGGUCACCCUCCAUUCCAUCGCCAAGAAAUCUGCAAGAAUGUCUACCAUCCUUUCCCAAAAGCUGGGCAUCAUCAGCCAGACCACGAGCACAGGCUUCGACGAGGAGGAGGCCAAGUUCCGGAGUGUGGAACAGGCGGCGAGGUCGCUGGUGGACCACGCUACGACCCUCCUGGAGGCGGUGAGGGCCAGACACACGGCCGAGUUGAUAGUGUCUGAGGGACUGGCCGAGAUCCUUCCCAAUGCUCCCAGUGUUCAAGCCAUCAAAGAAGCCACGCUAGACUCUUGCAAUAGGGUCCUACAAAUGUUUGACAGAGAGGUCCAGGAGCGGGUACUGCAGCCUGCAGUACAGGUGGGGACGCUGUGCGCGGCGCCUGCCAGACUCAUCCAGAAGCGUUACCACAAGAAGCUGGAUUAUGACGCAGCUCAGGCUAAACUGCAGAUGGCUAAGGACACCAACGUCGCUACUGUAGCUGAGGAGGAGGAGGAGGAGGAAGACACGCACGAGACUGGGGAUUAUGAGUCGCUGAACACACUGUUGCUGGAGGAACUACCCAUCCUCACCCAUUGGGCCACGGAGAUGCUCACAUUCGCCAUACGCUCCCUCGCCGCCUCUCGCCUCUACCUUCAGGGACACCUCGCUAAGCUUUACCUCUUGCUGGCACAGGAGCCGCUGUUGGAAUAUAUCGACCCCAUUGAGGCAAGAGAGAGAGCAGAGCAUCUGGUUGAGCAGCUCCGGCUCCUCCUGCCAUCAGAUUACCACAAGAAACACUCCUGGGAUCAUCACUACAGCAGAACAAACGAUGCCAAUACUAGAAAAAAUGAGAAAGCUAAGAUGGAGUUGUCUUCCCAUGUGUUGCUCUCAAAGACUCGGCUGCAGGCAAAGAAAAGUGCUCCAGAGAGCUCCUCCAGUACCUUGCUCAAGCCCUCCAGAGUCUGUAAGAGUGAUCCCACGAGAGCCAUGGAUACGCUCCGCAAGAAGGGAAAAGAUAGAAAGAGGCUAAGUUUACCAGUGGAGUACUUGAAAGGUGUGGCCACCACCCUGCAAAGUCCGCAACACCCGGUCACCAGCACACUUCCUACAUGUACGCCAGAGGUCAAGAGAAAAGAUGUCGUUCUGGGCAGCUACCCGAGAAAUAGCCUGUAUGUAGCACAGAGGGCUCACGUAAAGACUCGGGACAAUGAAGUUGCCCUGACAGCUGGUCAAGUGGUUGCUGUCCUCAAGAAAGCUGACCCGAGUGGUGAUGCAAGCUGCUGGGUAAUCAAUGAUGGAGAGAAUGUAGGCUUGGUGAGUGCCUCUUGUUUAAGAGAACUGGAAGGUCACAACAAGUGGAAUGGAAGAACCACCACAGCAACUUGUCAAAAUAAUACCUUGGCCUGCACCACCCCAGAGCUUCACCUGCAGUCAACACUGCCUGUCCCACAGUCUGAAGGCAUCGACUUACAAUCUGCUUCGCAAGCGCUUAACCUUCCUGUGAAUCAGUCCAAAGUCUCUGAACCUCUUACUACAGGCUAUCAGAGUCUGGAUACCAACAGCAGCAGCAAUAAUUUAUGUAAUGCUAAGGAGGAGCAAGUUUCUGGCUCCUACCCAUGCAGUGACCCUCAGGUGUUUGUGGCCCUCUACGACUUUGUAGGUACUGAUGAAACACAGCUGAAUAUGCAUCGUGGCCAACUAAUUUGGCCAAUUAGCAUAAAGUUUCCAGACUGGUGGUAUGUGCAUGAUGAUAGUGGUCAUGAAGGCUAUGUUCCUGCAGCCUUUCUUCAGAAGUCUGAUGGUGGUCUAGAAAAAACUAGCAAAAUGCAAAAUUCCAACAUUCAGAACGUAACUACUAUUCUUUGAUAAUGGACUAACGUAAAAUAUACCUGCCCACCUCAAAAUGCUGUAAAUCAACUAAAUUGAAGUAGCCAUCACACUCAAAGCAGUUGGGAAAGUGAUCAUGGCCGGUGAAGAAACCAACAGUAGUAUAGUAUAUUAUUGGUAGUAUUGUUUAACAAUACAAUCUAGGUCACAGUGUGUAUAAAAUAAGAGCAGUAGUGGUGACAAAAGCAUUGAAAUUUAAGAAUGAACAUGUUAAUGCUCCUUACUUAUGAUUCAUACCGUACUAUAUCUUGGUUACAUUUUAAACGUGAACAGGUAGUCCAUACCUGAAAGUGGCAUGAACAACAUGCACUUUAAGAAUACAGUAGUUCAGUGUUGCUGCAUUAGUUUAACAAAUGGCACAAUUUAGUGUUGUACCUUCAUCUUGUUGCCUCUUAUCAAGACCAGCAAAUGAACAUGUUAAUUUAUUUUUUGGCCCACAAUUGUGCAGCUAUCAUUAAUAGUUGUGUAAAUACCUAAUAUCACUAUCCAUAAUGAUUCUGGAAAACGAACAAAAUUUGAAUUUUAAGCAAAUCCCGAACAGGCCCAUACUGUUAUCCAGAUUUUGGAGAUGCCAUGGUACAGUAGUAAAUGUUAAAAAAAAAAAAAUUGGCUAAUAAGUUAUGAUAGUUACACAUAAAAAGAGACCAUUACUGUUCUAUUUGAAUAGUAGUUCUACUUUAGGGUAAUCUAAUUCUAGUUUUAUAUUAUAAAUUUAUUUACUUUUACUGCAGUUUGAGCUUAAGAUACAGCUGAUUAGAAAGGGGUAAAUAUUUUAAAAUUGUGUAUAGACUGCCUUUAAAUUUGAAUAAAUUAUACAGUACAACCUGUUAAGCUAAACAUUUGGUGGCAUCUUUCUGAAACGUGCUACAGUAUAUCACAUUUUGAAUCAUUACAAUCACUAUGACAGACACUAACAUGAACAUUAAAUGAUAUUUGGUCCAUUACACUGUACUCUUGUAAUUUAUUGUUUUGGCUCAAGUUACCCUUAUAGCUCUUUUAAUAGCACUUUCUCUGUAACUAGCUGACAUUGUAACUAUAAGGUGUGAAGGAUAGAUGAAAUUGUUUAUGUAAUAAUCUAAGAUGAGGUCUGAUAAAGACCUUUUGUGUGCCCUCUGUAAUGCUUUUUGCGCUACCGCUCACAGGAUGGGUAUGGGGGUCCACAAUAAACUAGCUGCCUCUGGCGGCAACAAUCAUCAAAUCACCCUUAUAUAAAGUCCAUUUACAAAAGUAAUAACUGGAAAAUCACAUGACACGUGUUAAGACACUGUAUAUUUAAUGUUUGCUCAAUUUGAGAAAUACAUUUGUUACACAUUCAACAAGUUUUAAACAUGUUAAAAUUACUUAGUGGUUUGGCUUAUCAGGUUCACAUAAUACAAAAUUAACAAUGCAGUACCUUAAUUUACCUAAUUAUUAAUGUUCAGUAUCUAGGACAGUUAUUUCUUCCAUUUCGGGAAAGCUUUUCAUUCUCUUACUGCUCAAAAUCAGUAGUUUAUUCAAAUUUAGCCUUUAAAACAAUUUUAUGGUUAAUAAUUGUCAGUACAUAAAAACUUUAGCUGAAUGUAUUACACAAUGUUGUCAUCAGGGGUGUGUAUACAGGUAUCAAUGUUUGACCCAUUGACUAAUAAAUAUCAAAUCAACAAAUA